UUAAAAAACCUUUCAUAAAAAAGCAAAUAAUUUGUGAAACUUCAAUAUUUAAAUAUUUAGUAAUGUAUUAACGUUAAAUGAAAUUAAAGCAUAUGCAUUAGCUUUUUAAAGGAAAUAAGAUCAACCUAAUUCACUAUUUUUGUUUUAGUAUAAAUUUUUUUAUUGAAUAUGUUAAGUUACAUUUUGUUGCCUUUUUAUCUAUUUUUUAAAUCAAUAUUUACAGGAUAAUGAGCUCUGCAGAAUGUUAUAAAUGCCACAAAACUGGUCAUUUUGCUCGAGAAUGUACACAAAAUGGAGGAAUUAGAUAUAUUGGCUCAAGAAGUAGAGGAGGCCGAGGAGGGAGAGUUGAUAUGCGAUCUGUACCAAGAGAAAAAUGCUUUAAAUGCAACAGAAUUGGUCAUUUCGCCAGAGAUUGUAAAGAAACUGAAGAUCGGUGUUACAGAUGCAAUGGAGCUGGUCACAUUGCUAAAGAUUGUGACAGUGCGCCUGAUGAAAUGUCAUGCUAUAACUGUGGCAAGACUGGGCACAUGGCUCGAGAAUGUAAAGAGCAUGAGAAAACUUGUUACAUUUGUGGCAAAAGGGGCCACAUUUCUCGUGAUUGUGAACAGGAUGAUCGUAAGUGUUAUGGGUGUGGUAAGAUUGGCCAUAUAUCUCGUGAUUGUCCAGAAGCUGAUAAAGAUGAAAGAAAGUGCUAUAACUGUGGUGCUGGGGGCCACAUUAGCAAGGAUUGCCCUGAGUCCGGGAGUUACAGUGAAGCUGAUGAAACAAUUUGUUACAGGUGCAACGAAAAGGGGCACAUUGCUCGAAACUGCAACUCAUCUCGUGGAAACAAAUGUUUCUCAUGUGGAGAGAUAGGGCAUAUAGCUCGGGAAUGUGAAUCUAAGGCUUAAAAAUGAAAGAAAUCUGAUUCUUUGGAAUUUCAAUUUGAGAUAGAGCCUUGGAGGCAUCCUUUUCUGUGUGUGGAUGAGUGGAAUGCCACACAUUAUGCCACAUAAAGUGUUUGAUGCGUGUGUCUGAAGCUGAUGAGCUGUUAAUAUCCACUUAUAUUGUUGCUGCUUUUCUUCAUUAUUGUCGGGUGAAGUAUCCAGAGAGAUAUUUUUGUUGUGAUAAGCUAGAUGGGUGACUUGUCAGCCUGUCACUUGUUGGUAAAGUAGAUUUUCUGUAUCAAGUUGGUGAAGCAUUUAUGUAUUGCUCAUGAUUUUAAUUUUUGUCUCGGGUGAGAUACCAUGCUUUUAUUUACGAUAUGUAUGUUAGUGCAUACAUAUAUUCAUUUUACAUAUUUAAUAUAUUGCACAUGUAUUGCCAGAUGUUGAAUGAAUUCAUAAUUUCAAGAUGGUUUGUUCGUGUAAUGACUUUGUUGUGGAAAAUUGAUUUAGUAGAAAUUUAUAAUUAUUUCACCAUUAAAAUAGAAUCUUGGUUUCUCUAAGAUUGUAGAAGGUGUUGAUAAAGAGUGUAAUGCUCUUUGAUGGCUAUUCCAGC